UUCAGGUGUCAUAGUCCGAGCAUAUCCUUGGAUGUUUUUAGCAAGGCCGGGACCUGUACCUAGACCGCCGAGCCUCACUAACCCAUUGUUUUCCAGGCUUACCUGGCGCACCUUGCGCAUCUUGCGCAUCUUGCGCACCUGCCCUUCUAAAAGGUAUCCCUUGUCAACUGGCCCGUGAUCACCUUGUCAAGGACUAUCGCAACUUAAUAAUUACAUGAUCCUUCCGCGACACGUUGACUUUUAACUACCUUUUUAUACCUUUUUAUUUAUGAUUUUCUUUUACCUUGGAUGAGGUUUAAGGGUCAAUUCUUUUGACGAAUUGACACUAUCCAAAGUAAAAGACCAUUAGGGGCGCAGGGGGCUGAAUAGCCCAUAAUCUACAGCGCCAUGGCUACAGUCAAUCCAACCGCGACGACCACCUUGCUGCACACCAUAACUGUCACCGCCGCUGCAGCAGCCACCACCACUGCUGGUCCAAGUCCUCAAGGAGGUAUCUUAGAGGGCAUUCUGCCCAAUACGUACCUCCCUUCAAAUCCGAUACAACUCUUUAUCAUUCAGGCUGGCAUUAUUAUCAUACUAUGUCGCAUACUUCACUACCCAUUGUCCUUCUUAGGACAACCUCGCGUCAUAGCCGAGGUCAUCGGUGGCAUCAUUUUGGGUCCUUCAGUCUUCUCUCGCAUUCCAGGUUUCCGAGAGGCUAUCUUCCCAACUGCCUCCUUGCCCGUUUUAAACAAUGCUGCUAAUCUCGGUCUUCUCUUGUUUCUCUUCCUUAUCGGCCUCGAGGUCGAUAUCCGCAUGUUCACUUCCAAUUGGCGCGUUGCUUUGAGUGUCGGCAUAGCUGGUAUGGUCCUACCCUUCGGUCUAGGAUGUGCCAUCGCCUGGGGCUUAUUUAAUAACUUUCAUGAUGAUGGCACCACCGCCGACAUCAAUUUUGGCGUGUACGCCUUAUUUAUCGGAACUGCUUUGGCUAUCACCGCUUUUCCCGUAUUGUGUCGUAUCCUGACCGAGCUGAAUAUACUAAGUACUCCAGUUGGUGUUACCGUUCUGGCCGCCGGUGUUGGUAAUGAUGUCGUGGGCUGGGUCCUCCUUGCCCUCUGCGUUGCAUUGGUUAACAACGGCUCCGGCUUGACUGCUCUCUGGGUGCUUUUGGUCGCAGCUGGCUGGGUUCUAUUUUUGGUAUUUGCUGUUAAGCCUGCCUUCCACUGGCUCUUGAGAAGGACAGGUAGCAUACAGAAUGGCCCGUCUCAAGGCAUGAUUGCUGUCACUCUUCUCCUGGUCCUUGUCUCAGCUUGGUUCACAAGUAUCAUUGGUGUGCACGCCAUUUUUGGUGGUUUCUUGGUCGGCUUGAUCUGCCCGCACGAUGCUGGUUUCGCCAUCCAAGUCACUGAAAAGAUUGAAGACCUCGUGACCGUUCUCUUCUUACCCUUGUACUUUGCCCUUUCUGGUCUGAGCACCGAUCUUGGCCUCCUCAAUGACGGUAAAACUUGGGGUUAUGUCAUUGCUAUCAUCGUGAUAGCCUUUGCCGGCAAAAUCAUUGGUGGCACACUAGCCGCCAAGGCAAUGAACCUCGUUUGGAGGGAAAGUUUUGCAAUAGGCGUCUUGAUGAGUUGCAAAGGCUUAGUUGAACUCAUCGUGCUUAACAUCGGUCUCCAGGCAAGGAUUUUGUCCCAAAAGACAUUUACCAUGUUCGUGGUCAUGGCUCUGGUCACUACCGUCGCCACAAGCCCCUUAACUAAGUGGCUCUAUCCCCAUUGGUACAUAAAGAAGUUAGAUCAGUGGAAGCGUGGCGAGAUUGAUUGGGAUGGAAAGCCGAUACAAUCCGAGGAUGCAACCCAGUCAAGGUCCCUCACGGAAGUACAAGAUGCCAAGAUACAUCGCCUCCUGGUUUACCUUCGCUUGGAUAGUCUUCCGAGUGUUUUCACGUUUGUGUCUCUUUUAGGGGAUGAGAAAGUAACUCCAAAAUCGGAGGAGACGUCUAGCUCCGGUCCUAGUGAGAACACUAGUAAGGUUCCUGUUCUACGCAAGCGGUCUCUUGAGGUGCAUGCUCUGCGCAUUGUUGAGCUCACCGAGCGUACAUCAUCUGUCAUGAAGGUCGCCGAAGCCGAUGACUAUUCUCUGCGAGAUCCAGUAGUGAACGCGUUUCGUACGUUCUCUCGCCUACAUGAUGUAGCAGUAUCCGGUAAAGUGGUCAUCGCGCCCGAGGAUUCAUAUGCCCAAACGGUCGUGACGCAAGCUUUGCUCCAGGAAUCUGACUUUGUGCUCAUCCCCUGGAGCGAAGCCGGGAGCAAUAAAGAUGACCAGUCGAUUCCAUCCAAAUUUUCUUCAGAGGACCGUUUUACCGGAAAGUCUCAUCUGGAUUUCAUACAGACGACACUAUCUAAGGCUGCCUGCAAUACUGGAAUAUUUAUUGGCAAUGGGUUCGGUGGUGUUGCGCCAAAGGGCCGUCCUGGUAUUUCGCGGACCGUCAGUACGGUAUCCAUGCGUAGCCAAAAGGACACCACUCUACUUCCUCUAGCCGACAAAUCGCACAAGAUCUUCUUCCCCUAUGUCGGAGGAAUCGAUGAUCAAGUUGCACUACGCUUCAUUCUUCAGCUCGCCAAAAACCCUCUAAUCACUGUCACCAUCGCUUACUUAGACUGCUCCGAAGCCGACGAUGAGAUUGCUACCACUACAGAGGGCAACCUUGAUCCCACCGCGUCAGCCUCCUAUUCAAAAGCUGCUAUUAACACCGGCGUCACAGCACAGGAUAUUUCAAUUCUCGCUACGUUACAAUCUAACCUUUCGCCCGAUCUGGCCGGCCGAAUAACAUUCACGGAGCAUUCAGUCGCCCCCAGCGCAGCAGUAAAGCAAGCAACCGAUUUGGCACGGGAGACUGUGGGGAAGAACUCGAAUAAUGCAGGUGACAUUGUUGUCGUUGGGCGUAGACAUCCCAGGUUUCCUGCAACGCCACGCACCGCAGACCAGAAAAGUACAGAAUACGAUAUGCAGAAGACAGUAGGAGUGUUAGGCCAGGCCAUGGCUAUGAACGACCUGAAGGCUAGCGUACUGGUCAUCCAGGCUGGUGGUUCGGGAUUUGAGCAAUAAUUUUGUACUGGAAUGAAUUAAUUAUGGGAACUUGGAUUACUCGAACUACGUGUUAUAGGGAUGAGACUAUAUGAAAGAUACGAUGAAUAGGAUAUACCAUCUAGCCCCACCUGCCAGAUAAUGAUGUGUUAUUUUCCCAUUAGACUGGGGCUGUUCUGUUUCCGAGGACAUAAUACUCUUCGUAUGACGAAGCGUAAUAUUCUAUAGCCACGUGAGG